ACAAGUAAACGUCUCAUAAACCCUCGUCCUCUUCCUAAUUCUAGGUCGGAGUGCCAGUCUGACACAACACAAAUCACAAACAGAUUGAGGCAUCAUCGCAUAAAAAUAUGGGAAUAAAAAUAAAAUGACCAGUUAUUAAAAUGAGACAUCUCAAGUCAAAUCUCCUUUCUCCAAGAGUAACAUCAUUAUUACAUAUGGGAAUAAAAUGAGCCGUGUUAAUUGAUCAAAGAGGAAAAUUUGUUGAGAAAGAGGAAUGCAAAAAAGUGAAACAUGUGGAGCUAAGAAUCAGAAGGCACAGAAGGUUUGAUGCACGUGGCAAUUGGAGUGAAAUGUUUGCAGUUGAAGAGUAGAGAGAAAUGAAGGUGAAGCACUACUCCGUGCAGCGUUUGAACUCCCUCCUUUGCAAGUACUCGAGCCAAGGAUUGCCGGAAAGUGUCCUGUACUGCUAUGCUUCUUUUAUCAACUCAGGCCAUUCGCCCGACCAAUUCACUUACGCUAUCACUCUGUCUGCCUCUGCAAAAGUGCAGAAUGUUGAGUUGGGUAGGGCAGUUCACUGCUGUGUUAUUAAGAGGGGCCUUCAAUCCACCUCCUUCUGUCAGGGCGCUCUUAUCCAUCUCUACGCCAAAUGCAACUCUCUCACCUCUGCUCGCACCAUAUUUGAUGCUGCACCCUGCCCCCACCUCCACACUGUCUCUUGGACCGCUUUACUCUCUGGUUAUGUUCAAGCCGGCAUGCCCGAGGAGGCACUCCACAUAUUUGACCGAAUGCGCAACUUCGACGCUUAUCCAAUCCCAGACCCAGUGGCGCUUGUCACCGUCUUAAACACUUACAUUUCCUUAGGAAAGCUUCAUGAUGCAUGCCAAUUGUUUGAACAAAUGCCGCUCCCCAACCGCAAUGUUGUCGCAUGGAAUGUCAUGAUAUCUGGUUAUGCCAAGAGAGGCCAUUAUAAGGAGGCUCUUGCCUUUUUUCAUCAAAUGAGUAAGCAUGGGGUUAAAUCCUCAAGAUCCACGCUCGCUAGUGUUUUAAGCGCCAUUGCCAGCUUAGCCUCCCUAGAUCAUGGCUUGCUACUUCAUGCACGUGCUAUCAAGCAAGGUUUUGAGUCCAGCUUAUAUGUUGCAAGUUCCUUGAUCAAUAUGUAUGGCAAGUGUGAAAUGCUGCAUGCUGCCCGCCAAGUCUUUGAUGCUAUAUCUCGGAAAAAUAUGAUUGUAUGGAACGCCAUGCUUGGAGUUUAUUCUCAGAAUGGCUAUUUAAGUAAAGUCAUGGAGUUGUUCUUGGAUAUGACUACAUGUGGCAUUCAUCCGGAUGAAUUUACCUACACUAGCAUUUUGAGCUCAUGUGCGUGCUUUGAAUACCUAGAAAUAGGUCGCCAGUUGCAUUCAACUAUUAUCAAGAAAAGAUAUACCUCCAAUUUAUGUGUCAACAAUGCAUUGAUAGAUAUGUAUGCUAAGGCCGGGUCUUUGAAGGAAGCCACCAAACAGUUUGAGCACAUGACACACCGAGAUCAUAUUUCCUGGAAUGCCAUUAUUGUUGGAUACGUGCAAGAAGAAGAGGAGGCUGGUGCUUUUGCUUUGUUUUGGAGAAUGAAUUCACAUGGUGUUGUACCUGACGAGGUAUCUAUCGCCAGUAUACUUAGUGCUUGUGGAAAUACUAAGGUGCUACAAACAGGACAGCAGUUUCAUUGCUUGUCAGUUAAGUUGGGUCUAGAAACAAACCUUUUUUCUGGAACUUCUCUUAUUGACAUGUAUUCCAAAUGUGGGGCCAUUGAAGAUGCACGUAAAAUUUAUUCUAGCAUGCCUGAGCGAAGUGUGGUCUCCAUGAAUGCUCUGAUUGCAGGAUAUGCUCUAAAAAACACAAAAGAAGCUAUUAAUCUUCUUCAUGAGAUGCAUAUAUUGGGACUGAAGCCAUCUGAGAUUACAUUUGCAAGCCUCAUAGAUGUUUGUAGGGGAUCUCCCAUGGUAAUUUUGGGCAUGCAGAUCCAUUGUGCUAUAGUGAAGAGGGGUCUUUUAUGUGGUAGCGAAUUCUUAGGGACCUCUUUGUUGGGCAUGUAUAUGGAUUCACAAAGGCUUGCAGAUGCAAACCUUCUUUUCUCAGAGUUUUCUAACCUUAAAAGCACUGUAAUGUGGACCGCUUUAAUUUCAGGACAUACUCAAAAUGAGUGCAGUGAUGUGGCCUUAAACUUAUAUCGAGAAAUGCUUGACAACAAUAUCUUACCUGACCAAGCAACGUUUGUUACUGUUCUUCGUGCUUGUGCUCUCUUAUCCUCGUUGCAUGAUGGUAGAGAGAUACAUUCUCUAAUUUUUCAUACUGGUUUUGACACAGAUGAGUUAACCAACAGUGCCCUUAUAGACAUGUAUGCAAAAUGCGGGGAUGUAAAAAGUGCUGCUCAAGCUUUUGAAGAAUUGGCUAUUAAAAAGGAUGUGAUUUCUUGGAAUUCAAUGAUAGUUGGAUUUGCCAAAAAUGGUUAUGCAGAAAGUGUCCUGAGGGUCUUUGAUAAGAUGACUCAAUCGUGCAUCAACCCUGAUGAUGUGACAUUCCUUGGAGUGCUUACCGCUUGUAGCCAUGCAGGGUGGGUUUACGAGGGUCGUCAAAUUUUUGACAUCAUGGUAAACUAUUAUGGCAUUGAGCCCAAAGUAGAUCAUUAUGCUUGCAUGGUUGAUCUUCUUGGUAGGUGGGGUUUUCUCAAAGAAGCUGAAGAGUUCAUUGACAAACUAGAAGUUGAACCCAAUGCUAUGAUUUGGGCCAAUUUAUUGGGUGCUUGCAGAAUACACGGGGAUGAAAAAAGGGGACAAAGGGCUGCUAGGGAACUUAUUAAGUUAGAACCCCAAAAUUCGUCUCCUUAUGUAUUGCUUUCUAAUAUGUAUGCUGCAUCAGGACAUUGGGAUGAAGCAAGAUCUUUGAGGAGAACAAUGAUAAAAAAAGACAUCCAAAAGAUGCCGGGGUGUAGCUGGAUUGUAGUGGAGCGAAAGACAAACCUAUUUGUUGCGGGUGAUAUAUCGCAUCCUAGUUAUGAUGAAAUUUCACAAGCUUUAAAACAUCUGACAGCACUAACUAAAGACAACAGAUUCCAGGACGAUGGAAUUUCCCGGGUUGGCCAAAUUUAGUUAAUCAAUAUGAUCGGAAGUCAUGUGAUCAACUUAGAUUUGUUUCCCGACAUAAAAGAACCUUGCACAUAUAUCUUAUGAGGGAUGGGGGAAAUGAAAAGUGGCGGGGAAGAUGGAUAUAAACAAAAAGAUAAAGUUGUGGCUUUUUCUUUUGGGGCGUCAUUCAUCAGUUGUUGAGACUGCUCAGCCAGCAGCAUCUGGAUUAAGA